AAAUUGUGAUCAUCACCCUAAAGCAGCUAAAGACCGCGCAAGCAAAAAUACCCGACAGAGAGAUUCCUUAGAGAUCCUUCACAAUGGUGCUCACAUUGCAUGGAACACGGAUGAAUCCAUCCGAGCGCGCUAUCCUCUUAACGUUGCACGCUCUGGAGCUGGAUUACGAGUUCCGGCAAGUGGAUAUGCCGGCAGGAUAUGAUCAACUGCCUACGGUGCCGACGCUGGAGGAUGGCGACGCUGCCAUUUGGGAGUCUCAUGCCAUUAUCGGAUAUCUGGUGCAAAAAUAUGCCAAGGAUGGGGAUGAUGCACUGUAUCCGCGGGAGCCGCUCCAGCGAGCCAUUGUCGAUCAGCGAUUACACUAUGAAUCUGGCGUUCUGUUCGUUGCUUUCAAGGAGCUACAGCAUCUGCUCUUCACGGAAAACAUAACGGAAUUGCCCAAGGAUCUGAUUGACCAACUACAUGAGACAUACGCAGUGUUGGAGCAAUUCCUCGUCGACCAGGCGUAUCUGGCCGGUCAACAGCUGACCAUUGCGGACUUCAGCAUUGUCUCGACGUUAAGCAGUUUGCAUCUGAGCUAUGCACCGAUCGAUCCCACUGAAUAUCCCAAUUUGAGCGCAUGGUUGGCCCGAAUCUCCUCGCUGCCCUACUACGAAGAGGCCAAUCUCCAGGGAGCUCGACUCCUCGCCGACCAAGUGCGCGCCAAGCUGCCCAAGCAGUUCGACAAACUCUGGCAGAAGGCCUUCGCGGACAUCAAAAGCGGCGCCGUCAAACUGUAAUGUAAUAAAACCCCAUAAUGAGAGCAGUUUAUAUUUCUGUUGUUCCUUCUUGGCUUAUGUAUUUCUUCAUGUAACCGCGAUUUGAAUAAAGUUCAUGUAUUUGCCUGUCUGCCACAAAAUUUGCAUCUGACCAUUUCCUAUACA